UUUUUGUGUUUGAUUUAUAUUUUAGAUAUUCAUUGGUGCGCUGUAGGUGAAAAUUUGCUAAAGAUUUAUAAAAUAUUGAAAAGAGUUUUUACCUCAAAUAAAAAUGUUUGACAAAUCUACCUAAAAAAACAAUUCUACACUUAAAAUUAGGCAAAAGCUGCAUUAAAUCUAGCAAUUAAUUGUUUCUGCAAAUGAUGAAUGAUGAAUGUUCAAUGCUAUAAAUGGAUAGGUAAAUUUUAAAAUUGUGUAAUCAUACGUUGAUAGAAGGGCGGACGAAGGGAGUGAGAAGAACAUAGACUGGGGUACAAAAAAAUAUGCGCUUCAAUAAGGCCGAAUUAGCUGCCUUGGCCUCAAAUUCCUCUAUUAAAUUUGAAAGAGAAGGACUUUUAAUUAUCACGGAAAGACACGAAGGAUUCUUUCGUAAAGCCGAUGUGAAUUAUCCGCGUUAUUGUAAAUUGCGUGGUAAUUUAUUAUUCUAUCUAAAGGAUCACGAUCCGCUAUCGCAACCGGCCGGAGUAAUAGUUUUGGAAAGUUGUCGACCUUUAAUAAGAAACGAAGAACGUGAAUUUGAUGGUUUCGCUUUUAUACUUGAAUUUGAAAGCAGUUUACCUCAGCGCAUUUCGACACGCACCAGUCAAGAUCGCCUAGAUUGGGUUAAAAGUAUACAAUUAGCGUCAUAUGCUUAUCUAAGCCUUCAAAUUAGUUAUUUAGAAAAUCAAAUUUCCGCAGCCAUGGGAAAUCGUAUUGAACGUGGUCUACCAUUAUAUAAUACAGCAAGUGAUGCCACCGCGUUGGCAGGUCUUUUGGAUAUAAACUGUUCCACCGGAUCUAUUGUCAAUAAGGCAUCCGCGAAAGAAGAAGAAGAUCUAUCUGAAAUACCGAUUUGCGAAUCCGCUUUAUCUUGUGAUAAUCUACCAUGCGCAGAUAACGGUCGCAUGCCGAAUCCACGCGUCGUGUGCGCUGUUUGGAUGUCUGAUAACGACAUAUUAUGGCGUGAUUACGCUCGCACUGAAAUUGUUGAGAAUUCAAUUCAACCUCAGUUUCUAUGUACCGUAUGUUUUCGGCAGAGUGACGGAUUUAAUCAGGAUACUCCAUUACGUUUUACUGUAUAUGAUGUUAGGGAGAAGAUGUCAUUGACUUCGAUACCUAUUGGUUAUGCCGAGAUUGCUUUAGGUGUAAUACAAGAUGCUACAUGUUUUCGUAUACCUUUACGAUCGACGCAAGGCGAUUGCGGCUUCAUAACAAUUGCUUCUUGGGCUCCAGAUACUGAUAAGCAAAUGCAACCGCCGCCGCGAUCUACGACCCAAGUGUUUGAGCAGCAAAUUAAAGGUCAUCGUCGAUCGCAGUCACUUCCUUCAAAACUGGGAGUUAAGCUUUUCGUUCCCUUUCAGGGUAAUAUACAGAAAGUUUUUGGUAAUCCUAAGAUUCACACAUACCGUUUACAUUCAAGUAUGGGCGGCGAUAUAAGUGUACACGAGACCAUGUUUGAAUCGAAAUUGUGUUUCACUAUACCGCAACAGCUGCUGACUAUUUGGAUUUUACGUGAAAAGGAAUUAUUGCAAGAAAUUUCGGGCAUGGGCGAAUUGGGAGGAGAAUGGAGGCGACGUCAAAUGGAUUUGUUAGACAAACAUUUAAAGUUACUUAAAGAUUACUCACAAGCUAAGCAAAAUAUACAACAAAUUAUCAAAGACGAAGUUACUUAUUUCAAAAGAUCUUCAGUAAAGACCGAUGAAUCGUUGGAAUUUAUACCCGUUAAUUUACAUUUACAACGAAUGUGGUGUCAGAACGAUACACUCAAUAAAACCGGUGUCUUAGAUAUAAUUACGGUGGGGGCAUUUACAAGGCACGCAGCAAAAUCGAAAAAAUCUGGCGGACUUAUAAAACUUUUACAGGAAACUAAAGAAUCACCCUCGAAAUUUGAAGCCAGCACAAAUUGCAAAGUACAGGCAGCCAAUGAUGCUGUGCAAGCCAUUAAACAGCUACGUAAGGAUAUUGUCGAAAUUAUGUCUCAAUUGUUAGCCUUAGCGAAAAUGAAAAACGCGAAAGGCAUGAUGCCGUUAUGCAAUGAGAUGAUUAGUAAGACAAAGACACUUUUAAAUAUCUGGGAACCAAAUUUGGUUGAAGAGGCAUUCGCCUUCAUAGAACAGCAUCGUAUUCUAGAAGAGCCCGACAAUGUAUUGAUGCCUAUGUCACCUUUUCGCAAAAUUACACAACAACUUAACGAUUUAGAAUUGAAGUCACCGGAAUUAGAAGACUUUUCUACACCGAUAAUGGCGCCACCUGAUUUAUGGCCUCGAGCCAAAACACCUACCUCUAACUACAGCCAAAAACUGACGCGCUCUAAUAGUCUCACUAACUUAAAGCUUUCGCCUUCGUUAACAUUCGAUAUUGAUGUCAUACAUAGUCUCCAGCACACGGUGCGCACCUAUAAUGAGCAAUUACAACGUCAGGCUAAACGGAAAGUAUGCAAUGAUAAAAAAAAAACCGGAGAAAAUCCUUUUCAAUCGUUACCCGUGAAUUUAAGUUCAAAUCAGGAUCUCGAUGAAGACGGAUUUGAGUUUGAAAACUUAAAUGACAUUGAAUCGAGUACCGGAAGUGCCGGUAUAAACAUUAUAGAUUUGGAUGGAUCCACAAAAGAUAUUUUCAAAUCAACGAAUUCCUCAAGUUUAUCAAAACCACUAUACACUUUUAAUAAAUCAUCUAUAACGAAUUACGUGAAUUACGAAACAGCAAAUUGUUCAAUACUGUCGUCCUAUAAUGUGCAUUUUCUAGACACAAAAAUGAUGAGCACUUCCCCAUCAGCUAACUAUUAUCGGCCCACAGAAGAACCUGAACCUUUGGAUUUAACACAACUUAAUAUCGAGGCUAGUGUAAUGUGCCUGGUUAGUAAGAUAAAAUUUUUGUGCGGUCGAUGUGGCAGUCCAGCUAUACGUUUACGUCAUCCUAAAACCUCGAUGAAGCGUAUCGGAUUCAAUAAUCAAACCAUCACACCACCCGAUGUUGUAGUUAACCGAAAUCAAUUAGCAAAGCAUGAAUGUGAUAAUAAUCCUCUUAAAGAAAUCAAUGAUAAUGUUGAGGAAAUUCACUCCGGGAAUGAUAAUGGUAGCGGUAAUACAUUAAAUUUAGAUCUAACGCAGACAAUAAGGGGAACAGAUAAUCAGCGUUUAAGUACCGAGAAAGGCAAUAAAUUUACAGAUGGUCUCGAUUUAUCUCGCACUACCGAUUGGACGUCCGAAUUGCGACCUUCUAUGCGUAAACUAAGGCAUGCUAUGGACGGCUUAUUGAAGACAGCACGUCUUAUGCAUUCCGUACAACGACUGCAACAAGAUAUGCGACGUAUCAGUCACAAUUUGGAAAUUAUGUAUCGCCGGGAUGUUUGCUUCUCACAAUCGUUAACCGCUUUGAUAAGCGGUUUAAUGGCUAAAUUGUGGGGCACUGAAAUUACAGAGAACUUUAUACGUAUGCUUUCCGAUUUAGGACCAUUAGCCUAUUUUGAAGGCCUACUAUCAUUGUAUGGAAGUGAAACAGACAUGUGGGGUGACAUGUGCAUAGCUAUCGAAGAUCUGCUGGCAGUCAAUUUUACAUUGGUGCGCAGCAAUCUCGCGAGCAACGAUCAAAAUGCAAUUCCGUUGCCGCGUAUAACAGGUUCACGACAAUCUCUUCAUAUCCAAUUACCCGUACCUGAGCAUGUCUAUAUGCUAUUGCCUACCAAGCAAAUGCUCAAUUUUAAAUUUACACCUGUCUUCUUUAAUAUCGGCAUCAAUGAGAAAGCAACCUUGGCUGAAACGUUGGGACAAACACGUGACCAGCAUCGCUCAAACUGGGAUAAUUAUAUACGUUUGAAGCAGUAUUAUUCACGUUAUCGUAAAUUAACAUUAACGGUACCCGAGACGCCCAGCAAACAUGAAUCGCAUUUACCUGCCUCCCAGACUUUGUUAAAUGUUUUAAAUCUUCUGGAGGAGCAACUUAAAGCGAAUGUAUCGAAAAAUGUUAAAAUUCUGCAUUUAGCCGAAGACGCAUGUCGUUUAAUGUCCGGUCUACGUUUUACGUUAUGUAAAAGUGCCAAAGAUCGUACCGGAAUGGCAGUAACUCUGGAGCAAUGUCGUGUUUUAAUUCAGGAAUUUCAAUUACCCGCCAAAAAUGUACCAUAUGUCUUGGCGACAAUGAGAAGCGAGGGGACACGUAUGGACAAUGUCUUUAAAAAUAUUGACAAACGCAAAUAUGCUUUCAAUUUACCUCAGGUUGUUUCUUUGCCGGUCAUGUAUCGUCCACCAGUGGGUGCUUAUGGCAAAGCAGAAACUUAAUUAAUCAACAUUAAAUAUACUUAACGUGCUGAGAUAUCUCACACGCAUUUGAUUAAAAAAAAAAAAAAAACUUGUUACUUAAAUUACAUUUCAAUUAAAGCGAACGUUCGAUAGUAUUCUUAAAAAUAUCUGUUGGAGUUAAAAAAACAAAAAAAUAGUACGAGCACAUGCAUAGAUGUAUAUUAUUUCAAAUUAUAAUUUUUUAAAA